AUGCAGAAGCCUUCUCCAAGUCAUCUGAAGAAAUCUAGAAGGUUCCAAGCUGCUAGAUGUUUGUUCCAUCCUAUAGAUAGAGGCUUGGGCUCCACUCCUCCAAAAAGGAAGACAGAGACUAUAAAUUGUCCCCAUCUGGAGUCUCUCCGAGUCCCUCUCGAGGCCUUUCUGAUGAGGAGAACUCUGCAGAAAACAAGCAGGUAUUAUCUGUCUGGGAGGGACCCUGCCUAUAGGUUCUGUCGAGUAGGAGGGGAGUAUAGACAUCUCCGGGGAGGCAUCAGUAAACCCUGGGAAGGACAUUCCUUCAGGCACAUUCCUUCUGUGCCUGAAAGAGGCUGA